AUGGAAGACCGCCACGGUGGUGCUGCUGAAGAAAGGGAACAAGCCGGACAGUGUACCCUCUUCCUACAGACCUCUCUGCCUGUUGAACAAGAUCCUCGAGUUCCUGCUAGCGCGAAGACUCGAGGACCACAUGUCGGACAGCGGUGGGCUCUCGGACAACCAGUUUGGCUUCAGGAAAAAGAAGUCCACGGACGACGCGGUACGUGA